AUGAAUUUGUUCUUCACCUAUGUUCUAGCCCUCCUCGUGGGGAUCGGUUCUGCUCAAAAAGUUGGCGUUAAAAGCCCGGUAGGCUUUGGAUGCUGGAACUGUGCCUUCAAGUGGAACUUCACCGUCCCGUUCGAGAUAGGUUGGUACGAUAAACAUUGCAAAAGUGAUAUCUUUUUGACAACUGCACUGAACUGUGUUCACAUGUAUGCGGAGAAACAAGAGGACAUAGCCUAUGGUUACAGCUACAUCAGGGACCAGUGCCACUACUGGGGUAAUCGCACACUAAACAUGCGUGAACUGAGCGAAAUCUAUACACAAAAUGUCAAAAACAUGAUAGCAGCCACUGAAGUGAAACCUGGUCAGCCCGUAUACAAUCCCGUGGCUAUCCCCCGCCAACUAUUCAACAAGGAGCUCACUAUGGCCAAUGAUGCGAAAUCUCACUACCGACUUGGCACCAUCUUUGGAUGUAGCAUGAUAGCUUAUUGGGCGUUGGUUCUUUUGAUUGCGUCAAUCUUCCAUUAUUUACGACUCUUCCGCCCCACCAAAAAUCGUCGAACUCAACAAACUGCAAAUCGUAUUCGCAAGUAUUUGACACUCCCUGCUGUUAUUGGAGAUAAACACCACACUCCCUACAACUUUUUGCACCUGUUCCACAUUACUGCUCCAACCAGGGGUCAAGCUCUCAUUAUCCUUUUGUUCAUUGUGAUAAAUAUCAUAUCCGUUUCAAUCUGUUACGACCUUGACGACUCUUAUCCAAUGACAUUUGCCUCUAAAGGAGACAAGAUUGCCAGAUUCUUGGCAAACCGGACAGGUAUCAUAGCGUUCACCAAUCUUCCGGUUGCAGUCUUGUUUGCGUGCCGUAACAAUCCCUUCAUCGUCACUACGGGUUGGCCAUACGACACUUUUAUGUUGUUCCAUCGUUGGUGCGCUAGAAUGAUGGUCAUUCAAUCAAUUAUUCACGGAGUUUUAAUGACGUGGGCAGCAAGUCAGGAGAAUAUUUUGAUCUUCAAGUGGAAUCACGUUCACAACUGGAGAGGUGGCAACAUCGCUGCGUACUUUAUGAUUUUCAUGAUAUUCUUUUCAAUCAGAGCCGUACGUCAACGAGCGUAUGAAAUCUUCUUGUCUCUUCAUCGAAUCUUUUUCAUCAUUGUCAUGGUCUGUCUCAUUGUUCAUUGCUCAGACUUUGGCUGGAUGGGCUGGAUUUGGGCAACAGUCGUCAUCUACUUUGGUGAACACUUUUUGCGUAUAGCACGCACUGUUUACUCCGGGGGCUUGGUAGAAGCACAAUUUUCGAUUGUAUCAGCUGAUGCAUUCAGAAUUCGUGCUUAUGGUCGUCGCAACUGGGUCAUUUAUCCUGGACAAUACGCAUACAUCCGUGUGUUUGAUCGGCACAUUUUCUGGCAAUCUCACCCUUUUAGUGUAUUCCAGGCAGAACGAGGAAAGUCGUCCAAUAGCCUAGAGCUGAUCAUCAAAAGCCAGAAUGGUGCAACAAAGCACAUUUAUGAGUACCUGCAAACCCAACCUGAAGGCAGUACAACUUACAAGAUCCUUAUUGAGGGCCCGUAUGGAAACUACAGUGCAAUUUCAACCUACGAUUCGGUGCUGGUGUUGGCUGGAGGAAUAGGAAUAACCGCGAUGUACUCCUACGUGAGAGCAAUGGCAGCGACCAUUAAGGACGGGCAACGUAUCAUGUUGAUGUGGGUUUUGGGCUGUGAAGACCUUGUUCAUGCGUUUGAUGAAGAGCUGCGUCGUCUAUUGGAGUUCCCCAGGUCGAAUGUGGAGGUAACUUUGUGUCUCACGCAGCGCACGCCCCCACAAAGCGGACAGGUUGAAGUCCAGGGAAACAAUGCUUCUGAUCAUUCAUCGCUGAGACCGUCAGAUAGAGUCCAAUCAUCCAGCACUGAGGACAUGUUUGAUCAAAAGAAUCACACUUCUACCAUGACAGUAAAGGAGGGCUACAGUCACAGUGAACCAUCUGAGGAUAGUGAAAUAUCCUUGGAGCAGUUUAUUCAGUAUGGGCGUCCGCAAAUUGGUGAGACAGUUGCCCGGUUCAUCAAAACUUCGGUUGGAUCCAAGGCUAUCUUGUGCUGUGGUCCUUCUGUAUUCGUGGAUGAUACCCGUGAUUCUAUUGUGUCCCACAUCCAGGAGUCUAGUAUGCGAGUGGAUUAUUUCGAAGAAGCGUUUUCGUGGUAG